AUGGAUGACAGUGUAAGUUGUCCAGCAGGACGUUUAAGAUCUUUUUCUAAGUCUUGGUCGGAAAUCACCUCCGACGAGACCAUCUUGAGCUGGGUCCGUGGGGUUAAAAUCCCCUUUUCAAGGAAAGUAUUUCAGGCUCGCCCUCCUUCAGAACCUCAUUGGUCUGAGCAAGAACGUUUAGCUAUAAAUCAGCAAUUAGAUGAUCAGUUAACACCGUCCAAACGAUGUAAAUUUUUAGGAUUAGUUUAUGAUUCUAAGGAAAUGGUAGUAGAACUUCCAAUCGAAAAGAAAAACAGAGUAACUGAAUUAGUUAGGAAGUUUGAUCGAAUCAAGAAAUGUAAGAUUAGAGAGUUUGCUGCUUUUAUUGGUACUCUGGAAUCGUGUAGUCCAACACUAAAGUAUAGUAGAGUCCAUAUGCGUAGUUUUGAGAGAGAGAUUCGUAGCUCUGCGGAGUAA